AUACAUUUUAACAUUUCGUGUCAUACAGUUAAAGUUUUUCCGUAAGAGGGAGUAUAUAAGAAGAGUUUGUUCGAUUAAAACUAAAUAACUUUAUUACAAAUAAGAACGAAGAUGGAAAUGAAUAUAUAGUUAUAUAUAAAAUAUCGAAAAUGGAAAAUACUAAAUGUACAAAAAUUAUAAAACUUGAUGGAUCGAAAAUAAAAAAACGAAAACGAGGAAUUGUAUAUUUAUCUAACAUACCUAAAUAUAUGAAUAUUUCGAAAAUUCGUGAAUUAUUUUCGAUAUAUGGAGAAGUUGGAAGAAUCUAUCUUCAAUUAGCAGAAAAUGGAUUGGAACAAGAUGGUAAAACAAAAAAACGAAAAAAAAUUCAUACAAAGUUUUUUACUGAAGGAUGGGUUGAAUUUGAAAGUAAGAAAAUAGCAAAAUAUAUUGCAUCUACAUUGAAUAAUACACAAAUCUCAACUAGAAAAAGAAGCAAAUUUUAUGAUGUUAUGUGGAAUAUAAAAUAUCUUCCAAGAUUUAAAUGGAUUCAUUUGAGUGAACGUUUAGCAUAUGAACAAGCAGUACAUAAACAAAGAUUACAAACUGAAAUUGCACAGGCAAAGCGAGAAGUAAACUUUUUCUCACACAAUGUUGAUAGAAGUAGAAAAUUACAUCAAGUGCAACAAAAUAGAAAUAGUUCUUUCAUACCACCUGUAAUAAAACAGAGAGACACAGAUGCUGAAAUUAGAAGCAGAAAAGAAAUAGAAUUAAUAACAGAUAGAACAGGUUUCUUAAAAUCUUUAUUUGAAUGAGAUAUUUAACUAUAAUAUAUAUUGAAAGAUUUUUAAAAAAAUAUUCAAAAAAAUUGUAUUAAUAAAAAUUAUGUAUUUGUUUAUAUUAUUCUUUAUAUUUAAACAAAUUAUCAAAUUAUUUGAUUAAUGAAAUAAUUUAAUUGAUUUGUAAUGAAUUUUUUUAUCUUUUAUAUCUUCUGAUAUAAAAUAAAUCAUAUAUAUUGUAUUUUA